CAAGUGCCAUGGUUUUGACAAGGCCAUCAUUUCCCAGGCCAACACUCCAGUGGGAUCAAAGCUUGUGUACGACGGGGAAAAGAAAAGGACCCUCCAGGUGACCCCGGAGAUUUUCAGCACCUUUGCAAAGGAGCGUCCCUUCCCAAAUAAAACAUGGGACACGUGCGCUGUUGUUGGGAAUGGAGGGAUACUGACCAACAGCAGUUGUGGAAAUACGAUUGAUUCAGCUCAGUUUGUGAUCAGGUGCAACCUACCUCCUUUGAAUAACGGCUUUGAGAAACAUGUGGGCAUCAAGACCGACCUUGUGACAGCGAACCCAAGCAUCCUUAUAAAGAAGUAUGGGGCUCUAAUGGGGCACCGGCGUCCAUUUGUGGAGAGUCUGCGUAGCUAUGGCAACUCCCUGCUGCUCCUUCCCGCCUUCUCCUACAGCCACAACACUCCUGUGUGCCUGCGGGCCUUCUACACCAUGGAGGACUUUGAAAGCCCAAUCCAGCCCAUCUUCUUCAACCCUGAGUACCUUGAGAAACUGGCGCUUUUCUGGCGCUCCCAAGGCCUCCGAGCAGUGCGGCUCAGCACCGGCAUAAUGAUGGCUAGCAUGGCGCUGGAACUCUGUGCCAACGUGCAUCUGUAUGGGUUCUGGCCCUUCAGUAAUCACCCACAUAACUUCCAAGCCCUGACUAACCACUACUAUGAUAACCAACCAGCUACAAGAGGAUUCCAUGCCAUGCCAACUGAGUUUGACCUCUUGUUGCGGCUGCACACUCAGGGGGUGCUAAAGCUUCACCUGGGAAAAUGUCAUCCAGGUGCAAAGUAAGUUCCCAGACUAAGAGGCAGCUGACAGGACUGGAGCAAAGUGCCUUCUUUGUAGCCUCAGGAAGAAACCAGUCACACAUAAAGUCUUUCAGAUUCAUUCUUUAUUGU